UUCCCGUCUUAUCAUCGAGCAGCUUACGUUGCACUGGUAGUUUAAUCCACAAGACGACCACCUGUCUCUCUCCCCAUCUCCUCCUCACUUCAAUAGAGAGAGCGCGACACAAGAAACGAACGAGCGAACGGGCGAUGGGCGACGACGUGGAACUCUCGUCUCCGGCGACGGCGACUUCUCCGGCGACGGAGAAGCCGCGGCGGGACCGGUGGGGGCACCCGGUGCGCACGGCGUCGGCGGCGUGCGCCGCGGCGAUCGACGCCUACUACGAGGCCGUGCUCGCCUACGGGCGCGGCCGCGUCGCCGCCGCGCUCCGCGCGCCGCUCCUCGACCCCUCCUGCGCCCUCGCCAACGCCCUCGCCGCCCACGCCCUCGCAUCCCAAAACCCCACCCGCGCCUCCUCCCUCCUCGCCGCCGCCGCCAACGCCCUCGGGGAGGCGACUUCGUACGAGAGGAUGGUGUUCCGAGCGAUCUCGUGCUUGAUGGGGUCCAACAAGGACGAGGACGCCGCGAUUCAGAUGCAUGUUGAGGUUUUCUUUUUUCCCUCAUCUUUUUCUUGGUACUUUUUGAUUAGGUUUAUUAGAGCCGAAUUAAAGAAAAUGGUGUUCGUAGAAUGAGACAUAUUGGAGGGAAAAAGUAUGCUAUCUUUCGAUGAAGAGUUCAUUUCUUAGUUGCUGGGGAAAUAAUCUUUAAUACUUCUUUGUUUUCGUUUUUGGUAGUUUAAAUUUUGAAAUUUAAGCUUCGUUUUUCAUUCAAUUAGCAUCGUAAGAACAU